AUGCGCCUAGUCAAAUCACAUGAUUGAACGUCAUCGCCAUCUUGCAAAGAACAGAGACGAAAUAGCCGGAAAAACGUGAAUUAUUUAAGUUUACAUCUGAACAAAAAUAUUCAGCACAAUGUCAUCAGAACCAAUUUACACCCCUUUCUUCGGAGCUAUGGGAGCUACUGCUGCGAUUUCCUUUAGUGCACUAGGAGCUGCCUAUGGAACAGCAAAAUCUGGUACUGGAAUUGCUGCCAUGUCAGUCAUGAGACCUGAGUUGAUUAUGAAAUCUGUUAUUCCAGUUGUCAUGGCUGGUAUUUUGGCUAUUUAUGGACUGGUCGUAGCUGCUUUAAUAGCCAACAGUAUCGACAAAAGUUACACAUUAUUCAAGAGUUUUUGUCAUCUUGGUGCUGGUUUAAGUGUAGGUUUGAGUGGUCUAGCUGCAGGAUUUGCUAUUGGUAUUGUAGGUGAUGCAGGAGUAAGAGGAACGGCACAACAACCAAGAUUAUUUGUAGGAAUGAUUUUAAUCCUUAUUUUUGCUGAAGUACUGGGUCUCUAUGGACUUAUUGUAGCUCUAAUUCUGGCCACACGACAAGGAUAGUUAUAUUAUUUCUCUCUAAUGUUAACUUCUAAAUGUUUCACACAAAAGUUUGAGGUGAAAUCAUCAUGAUGACAACCUCAGAUUUUUGUGUUUAUAAUAGGUCGUUUUUGUUUGUAUGUAAAGAAAAAGUGAAAUGAAUUGCAACAUGGUGUGAGUUGUAUGAAUGAAAAUGUACAUCGCCAAAGAUAACAUAUGCUGGUCAUCAGGGGUAAAUAAGAGACAGUUGGACAUACACGUACAUUUACAUUAGUUGCCAUUUGUUUUGCCUGCUAAUUAUGGAUUGGUUGUAAAAAUCCUAUUUAGCUCAAAUACACAUAAAACAGUGACACUGCCUGUUAAUAAUCCAAUACAAAAUUUUUAGUUCAAUAUUAGAUUUAAGGAAAAAUACUAAAAAGACUAUUACUGUUAUGUGAAGACAUGUUUUGAUUAAAAUAUUUCAUUCCUAGAUUCAUCAAUUAAUGGAAUGUAUUAAUUGAACCCCAUUGAUCUAUUAAUCCAUUUAUUGAAACAUUUUUUGUUUAAGUGAAAUGCAUCACUUAAGUAUGGAUUGGAUGAUGUCCAUUUUGCUUUGCUUUUAAUGACAAAAUGUAUAAGAAAGCCUUGUAAUACAAAUCUUUUCUGUCUCUGAGCAUAAGGUCAUCAGAAAUUUUUGAAUAAAAAAAAGUCCCAAAAUAUUUGUUCAUGUAUUUUAGUGACUAAUGACAUUCCAAGCAAUGCAUUUUAAUUAAUCAGGAUUUAUUUUUGUGCAUAUGUUGUUGUACAUGACUGUUAGAACAAGUUCAUUUUAAAUGUAAAUAAAUCAUGUUUUGUUCUCAUUUAUAACAUUUUGUUAAUUUUCUGCAAUUACAGGUAAAAAUGUGAUACUGAUUUUUUUGUGUUAAAUAGUUGUAAAACAAGAAAAAAAUUAGUAAUUUUUCAUUUUUCUCAAGAAAUGAAUUGUUGCCAAUUAUUUCUCUUAUCUCAUCUAUUAAAAGUAUGAUCUGUUAGGAAGCCCCUGAAAAUGGUUAAAUGCCAAAAGGGACAAUACUAAGAAGAAGUGAAAAUGAUGGAAAUUGUAAUGUCAAUUAAGCUAUAAAAAUGAUUUGCUAGUUAUAGAGGUAUUGAAUAUUACCAAUUUAUUCAGGUAAAUAAGAAUACAAGUCAAUGGACAAAUCAUACUAUAACAUAUAACUAAUACUAUUGAGAACUAUUUAAUUCUUUUUAUUUUUUGUUAUUUUUCUCCUGUUUCGUGGAUAUUUAUAUAUAAAUUAUUUAAAAUUAUUUUUUACAGAAACUAUGAUUUAUUAACUGUGAUUAAAGGAAAAAUUAUAUGUAGUGUGUGCCAGUAACGUAUUUAUUGAUCUGGGUGUAAACAGUUUGUCAAAGAUUAAAUUUGCUGCUUUUAAUAUGAUGUCGAAAUGUAUUUAACGUGAAAAGUUUGCCAAAACAAUUUUUUUUUAAAUUCAUGUUAAAAUACAGGAUAACGAAAAUUCCAGUCAAAAAGAUGAAUGGAUUAGAAAAACAAAACAAAGCAGUGAAUUUAAUUGUAGUUUAAUCAAGAAACUAACUGAAAAUUUAAACAUUUUGAAAAACCAAGGGGAAAUAAUCCACUUUAUAAAUCUUCAAUUUUCUUGUCGUUUAGUACAUAAUAAUCAGAUGAAUGUAGUGUCGGGAUAGAUAGAGAUAUUAUGUAAUUACCUGUUAUACCUGUUUAAUAAAAACCUGUUUCAACAGGUAUAAACAAUGUACAAUAAAUAAAUCGAAAUAA